AUGCCGACACCGGUCGAACUGGCACUGUCCAGCCUGUUACCCACCAUAGCCUACCUCCCGCCCGACCUCAUCGCCCUCGCCAGCUCCUUGCUAUCACAAUCACGCGCUAAAGCCGCGUCCCUCAAGCCAGAGGAAGAGAUCGGCAGAACAUACGCGUGUGCGCACAUUGCAUGCAACAGAUCAGCGAAGCGUCUGGACCUCGAAGUUGGGAAGCCUGCACCACCUGUCAAGCCUCGUGUAUACGACAAGCUAUACAAAUAUCUGGACAGUGCCUUGACGACUACACGCCAGCAGAAUGCGCCUCGUACACCGCAGACGAAUAGAGUGAAAGAUGUGCCGACCAGUGGUGGGAAGAGUACCGGGAAGAGCAGCUAUGUCACGGCGAAGGAUACGCUUACGAAGACACCAUUGAACGACGCGAUUAGAAUGCCUAGAGUAGGCUCGAAGCGGAAACACGAUGAAGCCGAACGAGACGACGAUGUACCGGAUCUCGCUAUGCCACUGGUCCGCGCAAUCUGCAAGGUAGGGGGCAUAUCAAGUGCAGUGCCUCAUAUCAUGGUUGGAGCGGCGGCUGCAGUACGUGAGAUAGCCUCUCGCGCUAACAAGAGCAAGAGCGAUCCUCCGAGCAAGAGACGGCGGAAAACACCGCAGUCUGCGAAGUCCACGACAAGUCAGAAAGCAGAGGAAACAAAGGCGGCGAGUGGUGUAGCGCCUUCCAGGUGGCCGGCGUUGCUGGUUGCAUUGUAUUGCUUUACUGCGGCCAAGAUGAGGGCCCUCAGUCCAGAAGAUGCAGAGCAUGAAGCGUUACGGAGAACAGCUAUUGAUGCUGCGAAGACGUGCUGCAAGGACAAGGGCGACACGAUUCCAGACGAAGUCACGACUGGCCUCAAUAAGCUGGACUCGAAUGUUCGCUUCUAUGCACUCGAAGCUGAGGAUUGCGGAUGGCUGGAGAUGGACUGGUAUCACAAUGUCCCCGAAGGUCAAGCAGGCGAUCAGGACGAAUUUGAAGUGCCGGAGAGCGACGCCGACGAGAAUGACGAAGACGACGCGAUCACGCCCAGGAAGAAACCGUACAAGACUCCUCUGAGACGGAAAGAAAAGCAUGGUGGGAAACUUGCUGUUGAUGACGAGGAUGAGGUGGGACCUUCUGGAUUACUGCCUGGGCUGGCGACUAUGUUUCAGUCUUCGAUCGACUGGCUUAGCGACGAGAGAAGAGCGGACUUUGCGCUGUGGAAGAGAGGCAUUGUGAAGGAAAUUACUGCUAUCGAGGCUAAAGGCUGA